AUGGCCCGUGCAACCCGCAGCCGCUGCGGGCCGUCUUGCUCGCGGCACGCUGUCCGUGAGAUCAAGCAAGACCCCACCGCAUCAUCCCCGUACUCUGUUGCACAACCUGCUCCUUCUUCAUCUUCUUCUUUCUCUCAUGGAGCAUCAGGAGCAGCAGGAGGAGGUGGUGGCAGUUCGCCUUCCUCGUGUGUUGCUCUCCCUGGCCAUCGGCGGGUGCAGAGCGAGCGAAUAAAGGAGGAGGUAUCAGCGGGUCAUGGCGUUCGUGCUUCUUCUAAUCGCAGUGGCGCUCUUCCGGCAAGAUCCGUCUCUUUAGCAGGUACUUCGCGUAUAGCAGCUGGCGGCGUUGUUGGGUUGGGCGGCGGUGGUGCUGCUGCAGCUGGUGGUGGUACAACGGGAGCUGGCGGCGGGGGUGUCGGUGGUGUUGCUGUUGCUGGCAUUGUGACCAACGGUGCAUCGGCUCAUAAUUCUAGGGUUGGACCACGUGUUGGUGGUGGUGUUGGUGGUACUGCAGGUGUAGCAGCAGCUGCAGCACCAGGUUCAGGAGCAGCAGGUUCAGGAGCAGCAGGUUCAGGAGCAGCAGGUUCAGGAGCAGCAGGUGCAGCAGGAGGCGUCGGAGGAGCUGCAGCAACAGCAGCACUAGCAGGUUCAGCUGUUCCGGACGACAGUUUGUUGCUGUCAGUGUAUCGAUCAAGCUAUGAGGGUAUAUCUUUGUUACCGGAUCGAUUAUUGGCGACCUUACCGCGUUUAAAAACAUUUCCUGAGGAGUACAACGCCUUAAGGUUAUUUCUUCGUCCAAUAGAACUUGCAUGCGAGGCAGCACAGAAGACGGAUUAUCUGCUGCCGGUGGUGUUGCAGCAAAUGGCAUUUUCGAUACAAGAAUACCUACAGCGCGCCUUACAGCGACGUUUCCCUCAUGCGGCAGUGCACAGCUACAGAAUGUUAAUAACAGUUUUAUUAGAACAUUUUCUUGUAGAAGGAAACCCGGAGUUUCAUCUAGGAAAGGCAUUUGCACAAUUAGCAAACUCCUGCAUGCAAGCCCGCGACUUGCACUUGCAAGUUGUCUCUGCUUACCAAGGAUACUUGGAUAUGUGUAGGAGGGCGGGAAUAGAACCCGAGGUAGGAGAAAGAACUGUUGCUAGACUCUUUAUGGAGCAUCUGCCUCCUUCUAUUGCCCCAAGAGUAAGACUACAAGCUUACUUACGAGGGGUGGAUGAAGACUUAGAUGCUGUCGCGAGACUCGCCAGACAGAUUGAAAUCGCCGAAGAACAUGCAAGAAGAACUGAACAACUCAUUCAAUAA